UCUACCAACAUUCUAUAUCCUCGCAUGCAACUUAUAAAAGUCAUGAUGUCCUUAAUAGAGAGACCGAUUUCCCAUUGCUUAUUCACCGCGCCUUUCAUUAUCAUUCUUGCCUUGGCUUCUUCUUUCCAUGUUGCUAUUUCUUCUUCCUCUGCAACUUCACCUUCCAAUAUAGUAACAAUGAUGGGACCAGAAGCAGAGGCUCUUUUGGAAUGGAAAGCCAGCCUUGACAACCAAAGCCAGUUUCGGUUGUCUUCAUGGGUUGGAAACAUCACUUGCCAGUGGGUUGGAAUUUCUUGCAACAACUUUAGCAGCAUCUCUCAUGUCAACCUCACAGGAGUUGGUUUAAAAGGUACACUCUACUCUUUCAGCUUCUCAACCUUACACAGCCUUAUAAGUCUUAAUCUCAGCUACAACUUACUCUACGGUACCAUUCCUUCCCAUCUGGGCAACCUUUCUAAGCUAAUCUACCUUGAUUUAUCUGCCAACAAUCUCUCAGGUUCAAUUCCUACUUCUAUAGGAAACUUAGGCAACUUGGGUACUUUAUUUCUCAGCGAUAACACUAUCUCUGGUCCAAUCCCUGCUUCUAUAGGAAACUUGAGCAACUUGUCUACUCUUUAUCUAUGGGAGAACAAUCUUUGUGGAUCUAUCCCUUCUUCUAUAGGAAACUUGAGCAAUUUAGCCAAUUUAGCCCUUAGCGACAACAAACUUUCUGGACCCAUACCUGAAGAAAUUGGAAAGUUGGGCUUUCUUAGUUAUCUUGCUCUGUUCAGGAACGAUCUCACUGGUUCAAUCCCUGCUUCAAUUGGAAACUUGACAAAGCUCACUGCAUUGCAUUUACAAAUAAAUAAAUUAUCUGGCUAUAUCCCACCAGAAAUAGGAAGGCUCAAACUUCUUACCUCUUUAGAGUUGUUUACGAAUGAGCUUAAUGGCUCCAUCUCAUUCGAAUUUAAUAAUCUUACAAAUCUGCAGUCUUUGGGAUUGAAUGAAAACAUGUUGACUGGUUAUCUUCCGCGAAAUGUUUGUAAUGGUGGGUCCCUUCAAAACUUCACAGCAUUUGACAAUAAUUUCAUAGGUUCCAUUCCAGUAAGUGUGAGAAAUUGCACUAGCUUAGUACGAGUAAGGCUUGAGAGGAACCAGUUAAGAGGAAAUUUAUCAGAAGACUUUGGCAUAUACCCAAAUUUGACGUAUAUUGAUUUGAGUUAUAACCAUUUCUAUGGGGAACUUUCUCAAAAGUGGGGGCAGUGCCAAAGUCUGCAAAGCUUAAAAACCUCCAAUAAUAGAAUUUCUGGUGUAAUACCUCUUGAGCUUGGAAGAUCCAUCCAACUACGUUUGCUUGAUCUCUCCUUCAAUCAUAUAGUUGGGCAGAUUCCAAAGGAAUUAGGAAGGUAG